CACCCGGUAUCCGUAGAUCACAUUGGGCCCUGACUAAUCCGGAUUCGAGCCGGGAGGUCCCCCAAGGGGGUAAAGCUCUCCCAACAUUAGCAGCUCCAUGCACAAGGUUCGCACCCGAGACCUUGCUUAAGGGAGAACGAGCACCUACCGCUCGAUCCCAAUAUCAGCCUCUUUUCAAUAGCAAGUGGGAGACAAAAACUCAAGUUCUUUCGAAGACUAAAUCUUGGACUGUUGAUCCAUCACAAUAUAUAACAGUUCUUGCGUAG